ACAGAGCAGGGUGUGUAGAGAAAUGAAGUUUUCUCUUCUCCUUGCAGAGCAGAACACGUGGGGGCAGAAGAAGACAGAAGAAGUUUGGGAUGACUUCACAGUCUGUUAUUGCAAUGCUGGAGCUGCUGUAACCUGCAACCCCCCCAGUCCCAGAGAGAGCCCAUCAGAUGGUCAGCUCUGCGGUGCCCCAGCACCUUCCUCCUGCCACUGCCAGCCAGCCAGCCAGGGAUGAGGAGGACUAUGCUUUGCUUGUAGAGAUAAGAUCCCCAGCCUGAACUCUGCUAUGUUUGUCUACCUGGGACUCUACCUGCACAUUCUUCUGAGCACUGCCCUAGGACACACUAUACCAGAAGCAGACCACACCAGCUUCAUUCCAGAUUUGGAAGGCGAUCUUCUCUUCUUAUUGGACAGCUCAGGGAGUGUCACCUACGAUGAGUUUUCCAACGUCAAAGAGUUUAUUGGGGACCUCUUGCGUCCAUUCAAGUAUGGACCACAGGACGUGCAAGCUAGCGUUAUGCAGAUCAGCACUGACCCCACUCUGGAAUUCCCACUUAACCAGUACACAUCCAGCCAGGACGUCCAAAAGGCCAUCCGGAACAUACAGCAACGGAUGGGGGACACCAACACAGGCAAAGCUUUGGAUUAUGUGAAAAAGCAGCUGUAUACAGAGAAGUUUGGCUCCAGAGUUGAUGUUCCCAAAGUGAUGGUGUGGGUGACUGAUGGAUUGUCCACGGAUGACAUCUCUCAGCCAAUGCAGCUUCUCAAAGACAUGGGAGUUACAGUAUUUAUUGUUUGCACAACGGGUCGUGGGAAUUUUGAGGAACUGUCUGCGGCAGCCAGUCAACCAGAUGAGAAACACCUUAAAUUUGUAGAUAAGGAUGACCUUGGUAUCAUUACAAAAGAACUACGGGACUCAAUUAUUGAACUGAUCCAAGCAAAGAGACUACAUGCACUGGAUAUAACAACUACAAGCUUCCGGCUAAUAUGGCCAAGACUCCUCUCCAGAGACACGGGACAUUAUGUACUGGAAUAUUCCCCAUUAGCCUAUCCAAGGCAGAAGAUGCAGGAGACAUUGCCUGGAAAUCAGACAAGCUUGGUGUUAAAUAAACUAAUCCCAAACACCACCUAUCAAGUGACGCUUUACCCCGAAUCAAAUGUGGAUUAUGCCAGCCCUCAGUCCAUCCAAGUCUCCACUCUUCAUGAAUUUACAGAGGAAAGAAAACUAGAAGCUGAUGACGUAACAACCACAGGAUUUCGGUUGACUUGGUCAAGGUUGUCUGGAGAUACAGGAAGCUAUGUUUUGGAGUACUCAGUUGUAUCUGAUCCAAAAACCCGACUCCAGAAGACAUUAUUUGGAGAUGAGACCAGAGUGGUACUUAGUAAUUUAUUACCAAACACAACCUAUCAGGUGACACUUAAACCGGGUUCCACAGACAAAUCUGUCCAACUUGAAACAAUCUACGUCACUACCCUUCCAGAUCUAAUCCGUUCAAGAAACCUGCAAGUUCUGAAUGUAACAAUGUCAAGUUUUAAUGUAACUUGGUCAAAGCUACUGGGCGAUACUGGACGUUACUUUUUGGAUUACGCACCGGCAUCUGAUCCAAGGAGGAAGUUACGGAAAACGCUGUAUGGGGAUCAGACUAAUGUAGUGGUCAGCAAUCUAAUACCAAAGACCACAUAUCAGAUCACAUUCAGCCCUGAAUCCAGUUUGUCAUAUAUUCAGUCACAGACUUUGCAGGUCACCACCCUCCCAGAUCUGAACAAAGCAAGAAAUUUGAAGGUUUUGAAUGUAACAUCAACAGGUUUUCUCCUGACCUGGUUAGCACUGCCAGGGGACACACUGAAUUAUACUGUGAAUUAUGUGCCUAUUUCUAAACCCGGAGUGAUAUCACAGAUGUUUCUACACAGAGAGACCAGUGCAGUGAUCAGAGACUUAUCUCCGAACACCGCCUAUGAGGUCACAUUUAUCCCUCUGUCCAAUGUGCAGUUUAGCCAAUCACAGACUCUCCAGGUCUUCACUCUUCCAGACCCAGUUCAGGAAAGAAAUCUUCAAGUAAAGGACAUAACCUCAACUAGUUUUCUACUAACAUGGGCACGGAUGCCCUUGGAUUCGGGAAGUUAUACUGUACAGUACGCACUGGCAUCAGAUCCAAGGCAAAUGCUUCGAAAGACUUUGACAGGAGAUGACAGAGUUGUGAUUGAUGGGCUAACUCCAGAUAACACCUACAGAGUCACCCUUAUCCCAGAAUCCAAUGCUCCAAAUAUCCAGGAUGUAACAAUCCAGGUCUCCACUCUCCCAGAUCUGAUCCUUGCAAGGAACCUUCAAAUUAAGGAUAAAAAAUCGACAAGUUUCCAACUGACCUGGUCGCGAUUAUCUGGAGAUACAGGAAACUAUGUAAUAGAGUACGCCCCAGUGACAGAUCUAGGCAAGAAGGUGCAGAAAACAUUAUAUGGAUAUCUGACUAGUGUGGUGUUCAGUAACUUGGCUCCAAGCACUACCUACGAGGUGACCUUCAUCCCCGAAUCCAGGGAGUCUACUACCCAAUCACAGACUAUCCAGGUCACCACUCUCCCAGGACUUGUCCAAACUAGAAAUCUUCAAGCAGUUGAUAUAACAGCUACAAGCUUACGUCUGGUCUGGUCACGAUUGCCUGGAGAUCCGGAACUUUAUGUUCUGGAGUAUUCCCCAAUUUCGGACCCAAGGUUGACACAACGGAAGAUUGUAUAUGGCACAGAGAUUGGUGCGGUGGUUGGUGGUCUACUGUCAAAUACCACUUACCGGAUCGCACUCUUCCCUCACUCUGCCCAGCAUGUUCAACCUGAUGUUAUCAUGGUGUCCACUAAAAUAGACCCAGUUCAGGAAAGAAAUCUUCAAGUAAAGGACAUAACCUCAACUAGUUUUCUAAUAACAUGGUCACGGAUGCCCUUUGAUUCAGGAAGUUAUACUGUACAGUACGCACUGGCAUCAGAUCCAAGGAAAAUGCGUCGAAAGACUUUGACAGGAGAUGACAGAGUUCUGAUUGAUGGGCUAACUCCAGAUAACACCUACAGAGUCACCCUUAUCCCAGAAUCCAAUGCUCCAAAUAUCCAGGAUGUAACAAUCCAGGUCUCCACUCUCCCAGAUCUGAUCCUUGCAAGGAACCUUCAUAUUAAGGAUAAAACAUCGACAAGUUUCCAACUGACCUGGUCGCGAUUAUCUGGAGAUACAGGAAACUAUGUAAUAGAGUACGCGCCAGUGACAGACCUAGGCAAGAAGGUGCAGAAAACAUUAUAUGGAUAUCUGACUAGUGUGGUGUUCAGUAACUUGGCUCCAAGCACUACCUACGAGGUGACCUUCAUCCCCGAAUCCAGGGAGUCUACUACCCAAUCACAGACUAUCCAGGUCACCACUCUCCCAGGACUGAUACAAAAGAGAAACCUUCACGCCUGGGACAUAUCAACGUCAAGUUUUCGACUCACCUGGUCAAGGCUGACCACAGACAGAGGUCGCUAUGUUCUGGAGUAUGCUCUGGUAUCGGAUCCACAAAAGAAGCUGAGGAAAAUGUUGACUGCUGACGAGACCACCGUUCUGAUUAGCAAUCUAAACCCAGACACCAAAUACCAGGCUACUCUACAUUCUGAAGCUAAUGUUCAGUAUGUCCCUCCACAGUCCAUCCAGAUUGCAACUCUUCCAGAACAACUUGGUCCAGCUCAGAUUUUGAUAUCUGACCCCACGGCACACAGUUUCCGAGUAAGCUGGGGCCCUCAUCUGGACAGUGUCAUUGGCUAUGAAGUCCAGUAUGGACCAUUACCCAGCAAUUCUGUGCAGAAAGUCCAUGUGGAUGGCCGAUUCAACACUACUAUUAUAGAAGGCUUAAAAUCAAAUACAACAUACUUGGUUACAGUGUCCGCCAUAUUUAAAUCUGGAGGGGAGAAGGCUUUGUCUGCCAUAGCGUGCACAGAGAUCAAUGGCACUAAAGUGAAGUACCUGCACAUAGAGGACCUACGAUCCAACAGCUUGAAGGCUGUUUGGGGCUCUGCAGAUGGAAAUGUACAGGGCUAUCAGAUAAGAUGUCGGAGACAAGCUGGCAGCUCAUCUACAAUUAGUGUGGCUCCAGAGACUCACAGUGUACAGCUUACAGGCCUGUCUGAAGGGACCCCCACUAAGAUCUGCGUUAGGCCAGUGUAUAAGAAUGGUGCUGGAAGAAACUUGUGCAAGAAGGUGAAAAUGCAUCCAGGAACGGCUGCAAACAGUUAUUCAAGUCUUCAGACUCCGCUUAAUGGAAAAAAAGCUGUGGCCCAAUGAGCAUGGAAAUCGCCGAAUCGGAAGGAAGCCUAUUGUAUGUUUACAAACUGGACCUUGAUGUUGAAGGGCAAGAGUGGAUGAGCUUAAGCAUUUUCCUGAACAUGGGAUGAUUUGACUUGCAUCCCACCGGUCAAUGAUAUAUCAUGUGACCACCCUAAACCUGUGCUUUUUAUUUAUAACCACUUUGAAAACUGUUUCUAACACAAUCAUUUAAUCUUCAUACAACAACCAGAAAAGGGAACGUGUUCGAUUGAGUGAAGGUUGUUAAAGAGGGGAAUAAAACAGACUGAGCGCUUGAAAAUGGGUCAAAUACGGCCGAUACCACUGUGCUUCUUCAGCAAACAACCAUGAUUAAUGUUAUUUUUUUAUGUAAAUAUCAGCGAAUAAGGAGACAAUUUGUUACGAAAAUGGCAUCUCCUCUGCACAGGGAAUUGCUAACAAGGUUGGAAGAAAAGACUGUGCUUGCAGAAUGUGCAGGAACAACUUCACAGGAUUCAUAUGUUAUCAUUUUAAGUUUAUUUAAUGAGUAAAAAGUCCAGUGGUGGUGUAACCUGUGGCACCCAAUCAAAAGCCAGCUUCCAGCAGCUCAAGGUGGAUCUAAUUAACAACAGUUGUUUGUGAUUGGUUGCUAUAAGUUAGUGCAGUGUGAUCAUUGCUUUUGGCUUUAUUGAAUGACCUUUUUUAGAAAACUUGAAGUAUUAUAUAAAAGAUCAUCUCCGAGGGAAGAACAUGAAAACUCUUCCACACUCUCGCUCCUCCCCACUCUUUAUAUUUUUAUAUUUAAAAAAAAUCUACCUAAAAGCCCCAAUUAUGAACCAAAACCUCUGGUCACAUAACAGGACGGGUCCCAGGCCUUAUUUUUUUUAUGCUCUGCAGAGUGGGAGGGUCCAGUCUGCAGUGCCCAUGUUUCUUCCUGAUGACAUGGGAGCUGCUCAUUGGCUGCCACAAGUGUCAAUCACUGGGGUCUCGCAGGAUUCAGAAGCAUUCCAACUUGAUGUUAUGAUGAAUGGUGGACAGUAGACCAGUUGACUUAGCAGUGGAGAGCAAAGACAGCUUCCAGUCCAUUGGUCACCUCCAAC